AUUGUUCAGAACGCUUUUCUAGAGCUCUGAGCUAUUGAAUGCGCGGAUCGCGUUCUAUUUGGACACCGCAGUUACGUUUUCGGCGAAUUUAAUAAAAUUCGCCUUCUUGUAUUUGCGUAUGGCUUGCGCCUAUCAUGUUCGUCAAGGAAAGCAUAUCUAGCAUUCAGUCACUCUUAGGCCGAAAACAUCAGAAAAUAAAAACGGCGUGCGACGCCGCGUCAGAGGCCAUCGACGAAAACUUCUCGGACAACGCAGAAAAAAAGCCGUUCGUUGAUCCGCUCAAACUAAGUGUAAAUAUUCAACCAGAAGAACCCUCCUAUGCGAGCGUCCUACUUUCUGAAUGGCUCUCCCUGUCAAACACCCUCCUUGAGCCAUUUCUCCUGGCGUGCGAGUGUUCGCACUUCAGACUUGCGGAGCUAUCUCUGGAAGCCAUCGCGAAACUCGUCGACGGCAACUUCGUACAGGGAUCGAUCAUGUCGAAGUCUGUCCUAGAACGCACGGCGAAAUGCCUGGAUAGAAAGACAGACAUCAUCUGCACAAACAUGCUGUCGGUGUACGAAAAACUCGUAACCAAUCAGCUAUGCGAUGUCCACGGCCAAUUGCUCAUAUUGGUCAUUCGCCUGUCUUACAUGAUCGUGUUGACGGCGUCCGAUCCAAGCGCCACAAGGGCAACAAAGGGCAAGUUGUGUCAGAUCGUUCACGUUCUGUUUGAAAGGCUAGAAACAGUUGCCCAAAAACCACAUUCCGCCGAACAAGAAAGACCGAAUCUGUCCUCUACAUACUCUCUGAAAAAGUUGAAUUCUCCCGCACUCGAUGCACUGCAUAAGGAACCGUUUGAUUUGCCGAAGACAGACCCCCAGUCAUGUCAAGAAAAAAAGCCCGAGGAACUCUCUUCUGACCAACUGCCAGAUAUCAACCUUCACCAAGACACCUUUCUUUUUAGACCCUAUGCCAAAAUCGAGACGUUUUCAGAAACGGUCUUCAGGGACUGCUACCACGCCGUCUAUAGUAUAUGCAACCUGGGUACGAAGCCAAUCAACAUUUAUUCAAAUUCUUACAACUUUGAAGUUUAUUCUCGUCUCCUUUCUCUGGAACUUGUCAAUUCCAUCUUCGACGGAUUCCUGCCGCGCCUGAAGAACGUCCGCUUCAUCAAUCUAUGCGUCAAGAGGCUCCUGGUCAAGUUCUUUCUGGUCAACGCGACAUCUCCGGUUUACGCCGUCUUCAAACUUGCCAUUCCUCUUUGUACGCUGAUGAUCAAAGAGUUCAGAAGCUAUUUGAAGCCCGAAACGGAGGCCGUGCUGGGCCACGUGUACAUCCCGAUCCUGGCAUCCACCUCGGCGCAGCACUGCAUCGUCAUCCUGCAGAGCCUCUACAACCUGUUCAAAAUCCCUCAGUGCCUGAUAGACAUCUUCAUCAACUACGAUUGCGAUGUCGCGUCGGAAAGUCUUGUCGAACAGCUGCUCCGACUGUGUUCUGUCCACGCCAAACAGACGUCCAAACUGGACAUAUCCGAGCAAGAACAAGCCGUCCUGACGAGAGUUGCGUCGAUGGCAAUCAUAUCGUCCAAUAAAUCUCUGGAAACGUGGUGCAAACCUUUGUACGUUCCGCUUCGAUCCGAUCCGCUUCAGCCGGAAGGCUCGUCCCUGGCCAACCACAGCUCUCUUCCGUCCGACCAGUUUCGAGAACAAAAGUCCUUCAAGCAGCUUUUUCAAAAGGGAAAGGCCGUCUUUUCGGAAUCGCCCAAGCAAGGGCUCGAAUAUUUUUACGAGCACGAAAUGUGUUCCAGAUCUCCAGAAAGCACUGCGGAAUUUCUUUUUUCCGCACCCGGACUGGACCGAAUGUCCAUCGGGCAGUUCCUGGCCGCCGUGUCGUCGUCCGACGUCCUGGACCAUUACGCCAGGCUGAUGGACUUCAAAAAUCUCGAACUAGACGUCGCCCUUCGUAAGUUCUUCAACUAUUUCCACCUCCCAGGAGAAAGCCAACAAAUUUCGCGCAUCGUCGAAGCCUUUUCUUCCGUCUACUACGCACAAAAUUCGAAUUCAUCGCCCUACGCGCACUCAGACGCCGUUUUUUUUCUGUCCAUGGCCAUCGUCAUGCUGUCGACGUGCCUGCACAACCCGGCCGUCCCCUCCGACGAAAAACUCACCAGGGCCUCGUGGAAGCUGCUCACCGCCGGACAAAACGCCAACAAGGACUUCGACUCGGACCUCUUGGAUGCCAUAUUCGACCGCAUCAACCAAGAGGGCUUCAAGGACGCUUCCGUCUACUCGAACAGCAGACACAGGCACAACAACUUCGCGUCGGAAUUGAGCUGCAUGUACGCGCGGGCGAUCGAGGCCCUUUCGACGCCGAUCUGCCCCCCUUCUCCCUCCUCACACGCCAAGUACUCCCGUUUCAGUUACGUCCCAUUUUCGAGCUCGAAGGACCCUUCCUACUCCUGCGACGUGUUCUCCACUUGCUUCCAUUCGUUCCACUCGACCUACCGCCACGUCCUCGAAGCCAGCGACCCCAAGCUGGUCCACUCCUGCCUCGGCGGCCUAUCCAGCGCCGUUCGCGUGUCUUGCACCUUCGACUUCAAAGCCGAGUUGGAAUCGCUCGUCCAAAUCCCCGGCAGCUACGCGUCCCUGGACACGGUCAAGGAAAUGUCCCCGAAGAACAUCGAAUGCAUCAAAUGGCUCAUCAACAUCGCUCAGGAAGAUCGUCUCCACCACUCUUGGAAGUCCGUCCUCAAAUGCUCAAGCUUCCUCGAACUCCUCCGCUCCAUCGACCUCUCUCGCCUCAGCGCUCAGAAGCCCUACCCGUCUCCAGACAGCACCGCUCACCCGAACAUCCUGUCAAUCGUCCAAAGUUUGACCGCCUACAGACCGGACCAAGACAAAUCGUCUCCCGCGCAGUCGAUCCUCCAUCAGAUCCACGGCAUCUCUUCCGACCGAGUCUACACCAACAGCGCACUCCUGUCCGACCGCUCCUUCGUCGAAUUCGUCGAGUGCCUCUGCGAGUUGUCCAGAGAGGAGCUUUUCCUUCAAAAGCCGCAACUUUAUUCCCUCCAGAAACUCGUGGAAGUCCUGGACUUCAACAUGAACCGCAGUCGCUCCGUGUGGGCGGAACUGUGGAAGUUCCUCUCCAACCACUUCAUCGAGGCCGGCACCCACCCCUCCAAAGAGGUGUCCCUCGUGGCGAUCGACUCUCUGCGACAAGUCGUUUCGAAACUCCUGGACAGACACCAACAAUCCCCCGGCAUAUUCGACUUCCAGCUCGACCUCCUCACCCUGUUCGAACUCAUGUAUCAGAGCGAAAACCACUCCGUAACGGACUACCUGCUCUGCUGCAUCGUCGAGAUCAUCACCGUCUACCACCAAUCCAUCGGCGUCGGUUGGAAGCCUCUGUUCAACGUUCUCGGCAAGGCGUCAAGAGGCCCCUCUUUCAUAGCGGAAUCGGCUCUGAACCUCCUCAACUCAAUAGUCGACCAGUACCUCGACUCUGUCGUCAAUGGCGGCGCGUUUUCCCACUAUAUCGAGUGCAUAUCUCAAUUCGCUCACAAAACGGUCGAGACAGAAAAGGCCGCUCGCCAAGCCGUCCAACUUCUCUCCUGUUGCGCCUCUCGACUCCGCAACUCUCCCGCCGAAGAUCCCGCGCACUCCAGACUGUGGGUCUCCAUCGUCAAAGGAAUCCUACCCGCGUUAGACAACCCACUUGACAACGUUCGAUCUCAAGCCGUCUCCACCCUAUUCGACAUUCUAGCGACUCACGGACACCUGUUUCCUCAAUCCCUGUGGAACUCGAUCUUCGACGAAGCGCUGUUCCCUCUGCUGGGACAAAUCUUAGACCCCCCCUCUUUGGCGUCUUUCCUAUCAAACGACUCCGACUGGCUCGUCACCACCUACCUCAAAUUCUUCCACUCCAUCGUCCUCCUGUUCGUCCAGUACUUCUCUCAGCUCUCCGUCCUCCUCCCUCAACUCCUCCAACUCCUGCUCUCCAUCGUCCUUCAAGAAGACGAAAAACUGCCGAGACUCGGCAUGACCUGUCUAGAAAUGCUUCUCCAAUCCAACACCAAAAACUUCGACGAACCCAUGUGGUCCUCCGUCGUCGAAACCGUCGUCACCAUCAUGCAGCGCACUCUGUUCUCAAGCCGCGAUGGCCAACUGCACACCGACUCCACCGGCGCGCCAAAUUCAAUCGAUUCCCACGAGCAAGCGUACAAAUCGACCAUCUGUAAAGCUCUCAUUCACAACCUCGCCCUAAAAAUAGUCAAAGACUAUCUCGUCGACGACCACUCCGCUCCGCACCAACUCCUCAUUCGCCUCCCAGACCAGCUCGCAAUCAAGCUGCUCAACGCCUACCUCCUCAGCUUCCUUCACGCCUUUCACACCCUUAAAAGCCCAUCAUGCGAAAAAUACAUGCAUGUGGAUCUGUACACUCUGAUCUUGAAACAAGAAACCGUAUCUCUCAAAACCUACAUAGAUAUGAUCUUCUUCCUCUACGAACACCUCGGCGAACAACCAUGCUCUCUCGACGCCCCGUCGUAUCGCCCUGUCCUCACCGUCGACCUCGUCAUGUCGCGUCUAAACCAUCCAACCGCCGACACCCACAUCGAUGCCACUUUUGUGGCCUCUAGAGUAUUCGAAUUCCUUGACACGCUCCGCCAUUUCCACCUCCUCCUUUGCACCCAAUCCACACCCUCUAUGACCUAUCGCAGAACCCUCCACGAAACCAACGAGUUCUUCGUCAUCUGGAUACUCCAUCGAUUAAACUCUCUCAAUGACGCCCAAUUUUGCCUAUUUCUUCCGCACAUCUACCCCUCUAUCGCCCUUCUGUCACAAAGCAAUCAACCAAACGUCCAAAAGGUCGUUCUGACACUUCUAGUACGUAUCGGCACGCUCCAACUCCAUAUAGACCCAUCCACACUUCAAACAUAUCUAGAACAACAACAAAUCAAUAUCCAACAAGAUUCAGAAAAUUUACUCUUUUAUCAAACCAAAAAUCUUCCAGACGCCGCCUGUCCAAACAACGAGGAACUCCCCGACCCUAUCAGCCAACUCCCUGAUGGAAAUGCCGAGACGCGCUAACUUAUGUAAAUGCUCAAAUCUCGACGAUCUGCUUUAUCCCCUCGGUCCAAUCGAACCGUUAUUUUUGCCUCACGAGCCACAUUUUGUGCCCUGGCAGAUUUAUCUCUUCUCUUUUUUUUUUUUGAAUUCAUAAUUAACUCGCCUUCAGGCGAGACAUGAGAUGGUUCUCUAGAAGCAGCCCAAAACUUGUUUCUGGAUCUUCUAGUGCUCGGUUUUAUUGUCUUCGCAUGGCCAAAAAAUACGGCCUUUUUUUUGGUACAGAUUCACUGCCAAAACGAAAAUAUUAAAAAAAAAAAAGUAUACACCACAAAAA